AUGCCACUGUCCAUCGCCGUGGGCGGGCUUCUUGUCACCUACUAUGUUGCCGCUAAUUAUAUCCUCCCUAUGUUCACGACCCAGGCUAAAUUUGUAAAUUCGACACCAUGGGUUGGUGUUAAGAAGCAGUGGUUUAGCAGGUAUCGUGCCGGGAUUGCCGCCGUUCAGGAUACCAGUUCCCUCAUGUUGGAAGGCUACAAAAAGUUUGGACAGAAUAAUAAGUUCUUCGUUCUGCCGCAAUUCAGCCGCCCACCCUUCGUCGUCCUCCCGGCAUCCAAGGUGUACGAGUUUCUUGCCAUCGGCGAUGAUCGCGUUGAUCACUUGACCAUUGGUCGAGAAGACGUCGCCUAUCAAUAUACUAUGGAUCUCAAGAAAUUCCCAGGAUCAGCCCACUUCGAUGUAGUCCGCCGCCAACUUACUCGCAAGCUGCCGCUCUUGACUAACGACGUUUACGAUGAGCUCGUGCUCUCAAUGAAGCAAAAUUGGCCUGUGGACAAGGAAUGGGUUACCAUUAACAUAUAUCCUACCGUUAUGAAAAUCGUCAGCCAGGCCGCUAAUCGUGUGUUUAGCGGAAAGGCUCUUUGUCGCAGCUCAGAGUUUCUCGAGAGCUCGCGCUUGUAUUCACAAAACGUCUUCCGGGCAGGCUUCUUGUUGAAAAUGGUCCCGAAGUUCCUUCAUCCAAUUACUGGUCCCUACAUCAUAGCGCCAGUCAACAAGCACUUGGCUAUCUGCAAGAAAAUCGCGACACCUGUUAUCGAGGAUCGCUUGCACCGCAUGAGGACUCAGGGCAAGGAUUACAAGCCCGAGAUUGACGUUCUACAGUGGGUCCUCGAUGACGCAUUCGCGCUGGCCGACAAAGAACCAUGGCGUCUUGAGGUUGACUGGCUGUGCCGUUGUUUGCUCCAGCUCAAUAUGGUCGCAAUUCACACAACAAGCAUGGUCACUACUAACACUAUUAUGGACAUCUACAGCUCUCCAGAACGCGACGAGUACGUUGCUGGUCUGCGCGAAGAGGCCGAGCGCACUCUUGCAAAGCACAACGGAUGGACCAAAGACGCUGUCAACGAGCUCCUCCGUGUCGACUCCGUCAUUCGCGAGACGAUGCGGGUUGUCGGACUUGGCGACUACGGUAUGCCUCGACUCAUCUCAGAUCCCAAAGGCGUCACCCUCAGCGGAGGUCUGCAUAUUCCCUAUGGCGUCCGCGUCGUUGUACCGACAUACAACAUCCAGACUGAUCCGGCCCGCUUCGACAAUCCUCUCACUUACGACGGAUUUCGCUUCUCCCGCCCUCGUGAGGCUUUCAACACUACUGACAACUCGAAGAUAUCCGGCGACAAGGCUCACCUUGACAAAGUGCUUGAGUUGAAGAAUCAGAGCUUGAUCGUCACGACUGAUGAUUUCUUUACCUUUGGUGCUCAGCGCCAUGCCUGCCCCGGCCGGUUCUUCGCCAGCCAAGAAAUGAAACUAAUGCUCGCCUAUAUCGUUCUCAACUAUGACAUCAAGAUCGAAGGCGGUCGUCCCCAGAACUUUGCCAUGAACGGCAACAAGGGCCCCCGCGACGACCCCACGAUGCAGAUCAAGCUGCGCGCAUAG